CGUCCAGCGUCCGUCUCUGGGCGCGUUGCACCGGCGCGUCUGGGCACAGGCUUUCUGUCCACGUCGUCGACAAACCGCCUUGCGACUUGCCGUGGCCCGUUUGGCUCUCUCACGCUCUACUCGUAUGGGUACCAGAAAGAGAGGCAGCACAUUUUGCUUUAUUCCCCAUCCGUCGCACCUUGGAAACAAUCCUAUUAUUCCAUCCCCAUUGCUUCAAGUCGCCUGGUCGAACCCGCUGAAACGCAACAAAAACGACGAUCGCCUUUGGUACCAGCCUUCUUCGAGGCACCGAGACGCUACGAACUAGUAGCGCUACUUAUCAGCAUGCCUUGCAAUGCCGCUGAGCCGCUUGGCCGUCACGCCGCCUCCCAGUGCCAGUCUCACUCAGCCAUUCGUACCUGA